AUGCUAAGAAGGAACAAAAACAAUACACAGCUGUGGCUAGAGGAACUAAAAGAUGCUGUGUACGAGCUAGAUGGUAUCUUUGAUGAAUAUUCUAUAAAAUCCCUUGGACUUAGGGGAUUUUCCUUUUUCAAACCAAAGAAUAUAAUGUUCCGCUAUGAGAUUAGUAAGAGGCUGAAAGAGAUUACAAGGAGGUUUGAUGAGAUUGCUAAGCGUGGGAGAAACUUCACUCUUGAUGUUGAGGAACUGCAAACUGGAGACGACGAAUGGCGCCAAACUAUCUCAAUUGAUGACCAAUCUCAAAUAUAUGGACGAGAUGAUGAUAAGAAAAGGACUGUGGAGUUUCUUUUGAAGCAAGCACGAGGAUCUCACUUCCUUUCCAUCUAUCCUAUUGUUGGCUUAGGUGCAGUUGGAAAGACAACACUUGCUUAUUUAGUUUUCAAUGAUGAAAGCGUAAAUAACAAUUUUAGUGUAAAAAUUUGGGUUUGUGUUUCGAAAAGUUUUUCUAUUAAGAGGAUUCUAAGCUCCAUUAUUGAAGCAGUCACACAUGAAAAGUAUGAUACACUGCAACUAGAUGAAAUGGAAAGCAAGGUGCAAGAAUUGUUGCAAAAUAAAAGAUAUUUGCUAGUCUUGGAUGAUGUGUGGGCAUUAAUGGAAACCACGUGGAAUGAGGUGAAAUUUGUGUUGUCAUGUGGAUCCAAAGGUGCUUGCAUCUUGGUAACAACUCGCGAUAAGAAAGUUGCAGCAAUCAUGGGAACAUGUCAAGCUCAUUAUUUGGUUGGCCUGUCUGAGGAUCAAAGUUGGUUAUUAUUCAAAAAAUGUGCAUUUGGUCCUGGAAAGGAAGUCAGUGAAGAGUCUGUUGCAAUAGGUAAGGAGAUUAUGAAGAGGUGUGGGGGAUUACCACCCUCAAUUCGAGAAUUAGGAAUCCAAUGCUCGAGGAAUGAGGACACGAAAUGGCAUAUAGUUAGACAGCAAGAGCUUUGGAUGUUAUCGUCUCAGAUUCAGACUUUCCGUACAUUAAUGUUGAGCUACUUUGAUUUAUCACCAAUGUCAAGAGAAUGUUAUGCUUUUUGUGUCAUAUUUCCCAAAGAUACCGAAAUCAUAAAAGAAGAUAUAAUUCAUCUUUGGAUGGCUAAUGGGUUUAUUUCAUCAAGAGGUAACUUGGAGGUAGAAGAUGUUGGGAGUGCGAUUUGGGAUGAAUUGUGCCAAAAGUUAUUCUUCCAAGAUAUCAAGGUAGAUGAUUCUUCUGGAGACAUUUCUUUCAAGAUGCAUUAUCUUAUCCAUGAACUUGCUCAAUUAAUUAUGAGGCAAGAGUGUUUGCUUUUCGACUAUGAAAAUAUGAGACAUUUGAGGAAAAGCGUACGCCAUGUUAGUUUUCAUGGUGACAUAGUCUAUGAUGAAGUCUUGGAGAGAGUUGAAUCUUUUUUUUUGAAAUUGGAGAGAGUUAAAUCUAUGCGAACUUUAUACGAGUUAGAACUUCAUGGCCAAGGUAAUAUAUUAUUGUUUCCCUUAACUCCUCCUCUUCGAGAAAUACACACAAGUUCAUUUAAGUUACCUCAUUCUCUCCGAGUAAUACGCACAAGUUCACUUAAGUUACUACCACUCAAAAAUUUAAUUCAUUUGAGGUAUUUGGAGCUUUAUGGUUUUGCAAUAAAUAAGCUUUAUGGUCCUUUCAUAGACACCCUCCUUGAAUCAAUUUCUAGCUUGCAGAAAUUAGAAAUCUUAAAACUGAAACAUUUUUCAAAUCUUAUUUGUUUACCAAAGCAAUUCACAUCCUUAAAGAACCUUAGACAUCUUGCCACCAAAUGUUGUUAUUCAUUAUCUCGUAUGUUCCCUGACAUUCGAAAACUAUCUCGUUUGAGAACAUUGAAUGUUUACAUCGUCGGUUCAGAGGCAGGGCACACCUUGGCAGAACUACAUGAUUUAGAAUUGGGAGGAAAACUAAGCCUUGAAGGCCUAGAAAAUGUUGAUAGUUUAUCUGAUGCUCAAGACGCCAAUUUGGUUAGUAAAGAAAAUCUCCAAGAUUUAAGCUUCUCAUGGUACCGUCGUGAUAUCCUAGAUUUAAGCGUCUUAUGGUACCAAAGUGGUGAAACUGAGUCACCUGCUAUUAAUGUUGAGCACGUACUUGAAGGGCUUCGACCUCCCUUAUAUCUCAAGAAGUUGAGAAUACACCAGUAUGAAGGACUAAGUUUCUGUUUCCCUUGGAUAUUGCAUAUGAGAAGUUUAGUUGUUCUUGAACUUCACGAUUGCAGAAACGUCCAACGACUUUCGUCACUUGGUCUACUAUCUUUGAGAAAACUUAAAAUACAAGAUAUGGACAAUAUGCAGUACAUGGAUGAUGAUGAUGAUGAAAGUUACGAUGACAUGGAGUUUAGGGCUUUCCCAUCUUUGGAGGAACUCGAGUUGCGUGGGUUACCAAAGUUAGAACGGUUGUUGAAAGCAGAAAAAAGGAAUAUGUUUCCAUUACUUUCUCAUUUGUACAUAUUCUAUUGCCCUAAGCUUGUUUUGCCUCACCUUCCAUCACUUAAGAGCCUCCAGUUAUAUGUUUGUAACAAUGAGGUACUCAGGCCAAUUUCUAGUUUUAAUGCUCUUACCAGCCUUGAGCUUUCUUGUGGUGAUAAAUAUUUGACAUCCUUUCCCGAGGGAAUAAUGAGAAACUUGGCUUCUCUUGAAACUCUGGUAAUAUAUAAUUUCCCUAGAUUGAAGAAAAUACCAAAUGAACUCAUCAACCUCAACGCUUUGAGGCACCUAGAAAUCAUAUGGUGUGAAGAGCUCGAGUCUUUACCAGAGGAAGGUUGGGAAAGUCUUUGCUCAGUUUUAACGCUCAAGUUUUAUUUGUGUAGCGGAUUGAGAUCCUUGCCAGAAGGUGUUCGACGCCUCACUUCACUUGAGGUUUUGGAGAUUUGUCUUUGCCCAACAUUAGGGGAGAGGUGUAAGAAGGGAAUAGGGGAAGAUUGGGAGAAGAUACAACACAUUCCAAAAGUGAUUGUCGAUGGCAUAUAUACUAAGAAUCCCACUGCACGUGUUGGCAGGAUAUGGCACUGUUAA